AUGCGACUUGAAUAUGCAUUGCGAAAACUUAUUUUUCGUCGAAAUGAAGCUCUUCCAAGUGCAGGAAAACUUUUCAUGUGGCAAUUCUCUUGGAUAAUACCUUAUUUACUGGUAGCAAAUUAUCUGGAGCGGAAUUUACUUCCAUUGCGCUUAUUGUGUUACACGCAACACGAGUCACUUAAUGUGCCGCGUGGUGAAAAGGUUAACUUGAAUUCAUGUUUGCAACAAUUCUUUCAAUCGUCUGGACAAAAAUUUAAUGAGCGGAAAAAAUGCUUAUAUGAGGAAUCUAUACGAAUACUUAUUACCCCAACAAUUUCGCAUCAUCUGGACAGAAUGAGCGUAGUGCGUAAUGCACCAUCGGCACGUGAAUAUCGUAAAUAUAUCCGAGAAACAUGGAAAUCAGAUAUGGAGCCAGAUAUUCCUGUUAUUUUUGUCCUUGGUAUUGAUGGCUAUAAUGUGGAGGAAGAAGCGUCAAUUUACCAGGAUAUCAUACAAUUCGACUUCAUCGAUUCAUAUUUUAAUCUUACACUUAAAACAACUUUAGCAUACAAGCAUUUCUUUGGAAAAUUUCCUGAUUUACAAGAAAUUGUUAUUAUUAAUGAUGAUGCUAUUGCAAAUGCUACCGCUAUAAAAAAGUUGAAUCGUUUGAAAGGUGCAACAUUGCGUGGAAAAGUAUCACGUGGCUAUCCAAGAUUAUUUCUAAGUUCGCUAUUAUGGUAUAUACCAUAUGAAAUGUAUCCGAAAUUAUGUUAUUCUCCCUUUAUACAGGGGUCAGGCCUUAUUGUAACACGUGAAGCAGCGCAACGUAUAGUGGAUGGUAUUUGUUCAUUUCCACUGUUUAAUCUCGAUGAUGUCUUUAUGGGUAUUCUGGCAAGCUGUCUGAGUAUUAACUUGGAACAUUCAGAUGGCUUUGAUGAAAAUGAUUCUAAUAACAGUUUUAUCAUUUUUCAUUACCAGUGGUUACGAUAUUCUGUAGCACAAUUAAAUUCGUUGUAUCAGAAGACCAUCAGAUGGAAACAGGCAACAUCGUAA